UUGAAUUAACUUUUUAACAUAAAUUUGAGAGUCCCAGUCUUGACGUUCUUCUGAAGCACUCCAUGUUGUGUCACUAUCAAGGUUGCACUUGUCCAUUGCCCUGUCUCUAUCCUGAGUAUAUGUGUGAUAGGUAGUUAGCCAAGCAAUCUAGUAGUUUUCAUCAUUGUGGUAUGCAUUCUUAUUUGGGCAUGUACUACUAUUCUCAUAUUUCUUUAUUAAGAUGUUUUCAACAGCUUUAGUGUAAUAAGUAUAUGUACUACCUCUGAGAGGUAGUGUGGUUUCUUUUUCAUCACAGUGUUUAACAUGUGACUUUUUUCAGGUAAAAGUUCUGACAAUGUUGAUAUAUGGCAUGUUUGAUAUAUUGGUAGCAUAAUGAUUAGGGCAUAGAUCUUUACCUAGCCUUGUGUUGCUUACAUGUGUGUAUGCACGUUUGUGCUUGUAGUAAUGCAAGAGAUUUAAGCUCAAAUCCUGGAAUUAUCAGUGAAAGUAUUGUUUCUAUGUUUCAGAUUCAGGCUAGAGUUCUAAAGGACUUAAAUUGAUAAAUAGUGAAUUUCCCCUUUUAAUCUGUUUUCUACAGGUAAAAUGGCGAGAAGGAGGGUAACCCCUCAGAGUGUAGCAGAGCAACAUGUCAUCAGUGGCACAGACCAGACUGCCAUGUUGGAUGUUAAAUACAUAAACCCCACUAAAGGCAGGGGUGUAUUUGCCCUGUCGCCUUUUCAAAAAAGGGAUUUUGUGGUCGAAUAUAGAGGACAACUUAUUGACCUUGAGGAAUCAGAGAGGGGGAGGAGGAUAUAUAAUGCAAAAUGCUUGGGCUUCAUGUUCGACUUCAUGUGGCAUGGAAAGAAAUGGUGCAUUGAUGCUGCGAUGGAAGACGGCUCAUUGGGAAGGCUGGUCAACGAUGAUCAUGUCCAUCCUAACUGUAGGAUGAAAAGGAUAUUAGUUGGUAGAAAGCCACACCUCUGCCUGUUCGCUGUUAGAGACAUACACAGUGGAGAGGAGAUUACUUAUGACUACGGAGAUGACAAUUGGCCAUGGAGAGAAAAGGCUGAUGGAGACUCUCCUGACGAAGCUGUGGAGAACCCAGUGAUGCAACAGGAAGAGGUUUCACCCCCCAGCUUGCAGGCUGAUGGAGACUCUCCUAACGAAGCUGUGGAGAACCCAGUGAUGCAACAGGAAGAGGUCUCACCCCCCAGCUUGCAGAGUGGCAGUGGAGACUCCUUUGUCAAGGAUUUAGAGAAUAGUUCCUUUGUAUGCAGCUCCAGCAUGGUGUUGCAACACAAAAAGGUUUUUGAAAAAGCCAAGUCCACCUUGGUAACCUACUCAGACUCCAGCGAAUCAGCCAUCAGUUCCAGCACUAAAGAAGAUGUUCCCCCAUCCACCAUGCAGAGCAAAGAGAAGAUUCCUUUUGGGCUUGAUCUUUCUGACUCCAGUAUGAAACAUGGAGAGGAUGAUGCUCGACAAAUGAUUGUGCCAAGGCUUAGGAGGACCAAAAGCAUCUUUUGUGAAGUUUGAAACAGACAUCUUCUGGUUGGUGGGCGACCACUCAACCUACUGCACCGCUGCCUCCACCCUUCUAAAGUUCCUCUGCUCAUUCGUUUCCAUUGACAUAUAGUGACGUGUGUGUGAGGGGACAGUGGGUACUCACUAGGCGCCGCUGAGGUGGCUCAUGGUGAGGAAGGGGUGCUCGAGCACUUCCUUGGGGCUGAUCCUCGUCUCUGGGUUGAGGUCCAGCAUACGUAUGAGCAGGUUGACAAAGACGGCCCGGUCGUGCUUCUCUGUGGGGGUACAGGAGGCCAGAGGGCCCCGGGGGUCUCUCUGAAACACACACACACACAAAGGGUCACAUCUGCACCUGUGGCUCUACUUUACAAUGUUACAAUCACAAGUGUGACAUCAACUGCCCCAACCAUAUGUGAGCUGAAUCUAUCAACACAACUGUGGCUGGAGGUGGGGAUGUACCUUGCUCAGGAGCACUACAACACUAGUGUGAAGCAGCAGCACUUGAGUCGGUGGCCAACACCUCUUUUGUUUUUCAAAACCCUAA